AUGCCAGACGACCCCGCAGAAGAAGAAGAUUACUUCCUCCCCCUGGAAGACCAGCGCGUCUUUGGCGCCGGAAUUCGCCGCAAGCGCGUCCCCUUCGUGCGCUCCUCCGACCCCGACCUCCACACCACCGACUCCGCCCUCCGCCGCAAUGCCGCACCCAGCACUGAAACAACGACCGGCGCCACCAUCGCGAACAGAUACCUCUCCAUCGUCCUCUCCAAAUCCGCUACGCCUACACCUGCCCCGGAGGAGCCCGCAUCAGAUUCUACGGCUACACUCCCCACCACGAAUCCUCCCAGCGCACGGGCAGCGAGUCCACAAUCCCACCCCGCACCACCAUCAACACCAACUCUCCCUCCUCCUUCGCCCCGACAAGACCAACAAGACAACAAAGCCAACCCUACGUCUCAAAUCUGCGAAAUCUGCAAUCUCCCCCUCACAGCAUCAUCCGAACCAGCAUCCGAAACCCCGACCCCAAUUGGCCCCAACGCACGCCCCCACGAAGCCUCCCUCGCACACCAACUCUGCCUCACGCAUUCACACCCACCCUCACACCUGGACCGCACGCGCCCCGGCCUGCGCUACCUGGCCGCCUACGGCUGGGACCCCGACAGCAGACUGGGGCUGGGGGCUCCCGGGCGGGAGGGGAUCCGGGCGCCGGUGAAGGGGAAGGUCAAGGUCGAUACGGUGGGGUUGGGGGUUGCGGGCCAUAAUUCGGAUGAUGAGGAAGCCCAUCAGAAACGGAAGCGUGUGAAGUUGAAUGCGAAGGAGGUGCGGAGGGGGCAGGUGGAUGCGCGGAAGCGCGGGGAGAGGUUGCGCGAGUUGUUCUAUCAGGAUGAGAGGAUUUUGCGGUAUCUUGGGGAGGGGUGA